GUCACGUGAGAGAAAGGGGCUGGGCGGCGAGUGUCAUGUGACAGGCAGCAGCUGCCGGAAAUCUCGCGCCUCAGAGGAGAGGGGAGAAAGAUGGCGGCGGAAAGGGAGCCCCCUCCGCUGGGGGACGGCAAGCAGGCAGAGCUGGAGGAGCUUGAGGACGGCGAGGACCUCUUCAUCAGCACUGCCUCCACCCUGGAGUCAAGCCCUUCAUCUCCAGAACCUGCCAGUCUUCCUGCAGAAGACAUCAGUACAAAUUCUAAUGGUCUUAAGCCUGCAGAAAUCAUACUAGAUGAUGAAAGAGAAGACCUUUUUGCUGAAGCUACAGAAGAAGUUUCUCUGGACAGUCCAGAAAGGGAACCCAUACUCUCUUCAGAAUCUACACCUGCAGUAACGCCUGUUACACCUACUACGCUAGUAGCACCCAGAAUGGAAUCAAAAAUUGUAGUAGCCCCUAUGGAUUUUGAUAGAUCCAGGGAAGAGAUUGAAGAAGAAGCAAAUGGGGACCUGUUUGAUAUUGAAAUUAAUGUGUCUGAUCCAGAGAAAGUUGGUGAUGGCAUGAAUGCUUACAUGGCAUACAGAGUAACAACAAAGACUACUUUAACUAUGUUCCACAAAAAUGAAUUCUCUGUUAAAAGAAGAUUCAGUGACUUCCUUGGUUUGCACAGUAAACUAGCAUCAAAAUAUCUGCAUGUUGGAUAUAUUGUGCCUCCAGCUCCAGAAAAAAGUAUUGUAGGCAUGACCAAGGUAAAAGUAGGCAAGGAAGAUUCGUCAUCUACGGAAUUUGUAGAGAAACGAAGAGCAGCGCUCGAAAGGUAUCUACAACGAACAGUAAAACACCCAACCUUGUUGCAGGAUCCUGACUUAAGGCAGUUCUUGGAAAGUUCUGAGCUGCCGAGAGCAGUUAACACCCAAGCUCUGAGUGGAGCAGGAAUAUUGAGGAUGGUGAACAAGGCUGCCGACGCUGUCAACAAAAUGACAAUCAAGAUGAAUGAAUCGGAUGCAUGGUUUGAGGAAAAACAACAACAAUUUGAAAAUCUAGAUCAGCAACUUCGGAAACUUCAUGCUAGUGUAGAAGCCUUGGUCUGCCACCGAAAAGAACUUUCAGCCAACACAGCUGCCUUUGCUAAAAGUGCUGCCAUGUUAGGGAACUCUGAAGACCACACUGCUUUAUCAAGAGCUCUGUCACAGCUUGCUGAAGUUGAGGAAAAGAUAGAUCAGUUACAUCAAGAGCAAGCUUUUGCUGACUUCUAUGUGUUCUCUGAGCUGCUUAGCGACUAUAUUCGCCUUAUUGGUGCAGUAAAAGGUGUAUUUGAUCACCGGAUGAAAUGCUGGCAGAAAUGGCAAGAUGCUCAGGUCAUGUUACAGAAAAAACGAGAAGCUGAAGCUAAACUUCAGCUUGCCAACAAACCUGACAAAUUGCAACAAGCUAAGGAUGAGAUCAAAGAGUGGGAAACAAAAGUUCAACAAGGAGAGAGGGACUUUGAACAAAUCUCCAAAACAAUACGCAAAGAAGUAGGAAGGUUUGAGGCAUGUAUAUACUUCUAAUACACUUUUUCAGAGAUUUUCCGAAUAAAACAAUUUCCAGUACACUUUCUUUGUGUGAAUUGGGAAUUAAUUAUACUUUGUUUGCCACAGAAAGAUCGUGUGAGAGACUUCAAAACUGUUAUAAUAAAGUAUUUGGAAUCAUUAGUGCAAACACAACAGCAGCUGAUAAAAUACUGGGAGGCAUUCCUACCUGAAGCCAAAGCCAUUGCCUAGAAUGAAGAUUCGUUCAAAUAUGAAAACGCUUUGGAUGUUUGUCCCAAUGGAGCUAAAUUCCACAGUGAAAUCACUUUAAAAUCAUCCAAAUAAACCACUAUAUAUUUUAUGAAUUAAUGUGGCUUUUUAUAUACUACAGCAUUUUAUUAACAGUUGCAUGUCCCAACCCUCUUUGAAGUGGACUGUGGCAUGACAUUCUGCAAUACUUGCUGAAUUGAACACUAUUGUGUCUUAAUACUUGCACUAAAAGGUGCAAUGCAAGGCCAGAAAGUUAUUUUUGUCCUUUACAAUAUGUUCUGUCUACCUGAUCUUUACGAAACAAAUUGCAUUUAUUAAUGUUCACAUACACAUUCCUGUACAUAAUCAAGAUUUUGUGAUUACAGUAAUAAAGGGAUGUAUGUUGUGAAUCAUUAA